AUGUCGAAAGUGACGACGCGAGCGCAGAAAAGACGAAGAGGGGAGAGAGAUGUGUGGGAUUUGAUCGUGAAUAACGACGAUAUUUGUUUCCAACACAUUCUUCCGAGAUUGAAUCGAACUGAUGUGAAAUUCUUGUAUGGAGUGAAUACGGAGACGAGAAAGUUGAUUAAGAGAUCGUCUCGCGCGGGUGAUUUGAAAAGGAAGUUUAAAGUGAGAGAGAUGUCGUCGAUAUCGACUUUGGAAGUUGCGUGGGAGCAUUAUCCGUGGGGUAUGUUUAGAAAGGACGACGAAAGAUAUUUCUGCUCGGAAGUUGCUCAAACGAAUAAACUCGAGUUGCUCAAGUGGGCGCGAGAGGAGAAAAAGUGUGAUUGGGAUUCAAGGACGAUUAAUGCGGCCGCAUAUCAAGGUAAUCUGGAAAUGGUAAAGUAUUGCGUGGCAAAUGAGUGCCCUAAUGAUGAGGGCGCGUGUGCAAGUGCUGCCGAAAACGGUCAUCUCGAGUGCCUCAAAUACUUACGCGAAGAAGCCAAAGCGCCUUGGGAUUCGAGAACUGCCUCAUGGGCGGCUUUAACUGGUCAUCUCCACAUACUCGAAUAUCUUGUUGAGCGUAAGUUUGAUAAAUAUCACGUAUUUGCGUGCGAGUGGGCAGCCGAGUACGGCCACUUAGACUGUUUGAAGUACUUACACGAAACCGCCAAAGCGCCGUGGGACGAAAAAGCGGUACGAGAAGCGCACGAGAACAACCAACCCGAAUGUGUACAAUACCUCCUCGACAACAACUGUCCUCUCCCACCCGGUUGGCGAUACGAGGACGGAGAGUUAUAUUCAGAAUCAGAAUCAGAAUCAGAAUCAGAAUCAGAAUUAGACUUCUUUGAAUAA